CUAUAGAAAUGACAAAAUCGAUCUAACUUUAAUAAGUAUCAGAAGUGAGCAUAGUUAUUGACGUUUGUAGUUAUGAUAAAAGAAAUUUAUAAUUAUUUAUUUGUAGAGCUCUCUGCUCCGUUAAGUCGUGAAUGGCCAUUAAUAUCUUCACCAUUUCCAUUAAUGAUGAUAAUUUUUGGAUAUUUGUAUUUUAUUCUUUAUAUUGGACCUCACUACAUGAUAGGUCGAUCGCCAUAUAAAUUGAAAACCUUGAUAUUGCUUUAUAACUUUAUACAAAUUUUAGCAAACUUAUGGAUGGUACAAGAACAUAUAUCUUUUGGCUGGUUUUCAAAAUAUGGCGUAUUGUGUUCAGAGCCAUUUCCGCAUUCUCCCAAUACGCUUAAAAUGUUCAAUUCUUUAUGGUGGCUAUUUAUAUUAAAAAUAUUCGAUCUGAUAGAAACUUGUAUAUUUGUGUUGAGGAAGAAACAGAAUCAAGUUUCCACUUUGCACGUCUAUCAUCAUGUCUCUAAUAUUUUUUGUUGGGUUUAUUUAAAAUACAUUUUGGACGAGAGAGCGUUAUUAGUUCCUCUACUUAAUUGUGGGAUACAUGUAAUUAUGUAUGUAUAUUAUUUUGUUUCUGCAUUGGGCCCGAAAUAUCAACAAAUGAUAUCUUUUCUCAAACCUGUUAUAACUAAAAUACAAAUGAGUCUCUACCAAAAUCAUCAGGGUCAAAAAACAAGCCUUGAUAUACAGGGGUUAAACACUGAGUUACUGUCUCGUUUGAUAUCUGAGAGCCGCGAUGGUUAGACGUUUUGUUUUGUCUUUACUUGAAACAUCUAAAAAAUGUCAGACCUGAUACUUGAAACAUCUAUAUAAAAAAUCACCAAUUUGUUGGAGUAAGUGUAUAGUGCAUUUUUCUUAAUAGAUCAUAAUGAAUAAUUAGAUAUUGUUUAUAUAGAUCUCAAUCAAAUACUUAACAUUAUUACAUCAUGAAAAUUGAAUCAAGAUAUUUUCCUUGACCAUUAAAGGGUAAUACUUAUAAAUAAUUGUAUUGUACGGUCGCUUGAACUCAGUAUGUAUCAGCAUUACUGGUGUUAUACUCGAUAACUUUUUUAACAACAUAUGUAACGAGAUCAAUAACUGUUUUGAUAUUUAUAUGUUUUCUUGACAUUGUCAAUAACCGUUUUUAAUAUUUAAUGUUACAAUCUCUUUUUAAAUUUAAUUUGUAAGGUUCAAUUUAUAAUUAAAAAUCUAUGUAUUGCGCUGAAAAAGGCUUAAAAUGUCAGCCGAAAUGUUCGCAAAUGAUGACUUUUUAUGUAAUUACUAUUUGGUUUAAAUGAAUUUUCUUAAUAUCAA